AUGGAAGCUUUAAGUGUCAAAUAUGAAAAGGAUAAAUUAAAGAAAAAGAAGCGAUCGAGUAAAAUGAAAUCAAAGUAUUAUAAAAAUCUCAAGCGCAUACAUAAGAAACAACAAAAGAGGAAAUGGAAGAAGUGGAAAGAUAUGUAUAAGUUUGAAAAGCAGUGGAAUUUUGGACCCAAAACAAUACGAGAGUACUUGAACAUGAAACGAAAAGAAUACAUUGAUACUAGAAGAUAUUAUCGUACUGAAAUGUUCAAAAAACUAGAAGAACGAAAGGCUAAAGCGGCAGAAGAAGCUAAACAGCAGAAGAGGCUAAAGCAGCAGAAGAGGCUAAAGAGGCGGAAAAGGCUAAAGAGGCGGAAAAGGCUAAAGAGGCGGAAAAGGCUAAAAAGAAAGGAAAGGCUAAAAGGAAAAGAGAGGCUAAAGAGGACGGAGAGAAUGAAGAAGACUAUCUACGGCUACUACGACGAUGUGUACUACUAUUAUGACAUGAUUUGA